AUGGAUUUGAACUGCUGUGAGUCUUUAAACCUGGAAGAUGGACACAGAUCUUCAUCAUCAUCCUCAUCCUCUUCUCCGUCCUCGGUGUGUGGUGAGCAGGACGUGGUGGUGCGGAGAACAGGCCACGCCCCCUUCCCUGAGACUGACAGGUACAGAGGCCACGCCCCCUUCCCUGAGACUGACAGGUACAGAGGCCACGCCCCCUUCCCUGAGACUGACAGGUACAGAGGCCACGCUCCCUUCCCUGAGACUGACAGGUACAGAGGCCACGCUCCCUUCCCUGAGACUGACAGGUACAGAGGCCACGCUCGCUUCCCUGAGACUGACAGGUACAGAGGCCACGCUCCCUUCCCUGAGACUGACAGGUACAGAGGCCACGCCCGCUUCCCUGAGACUGACAGGUACAGAGGCCACACUCCCUUCCCUGAGACUGACAGGUACAGAGGCCACGCUCCCUUCCCUGAGACUGACAGGUACAGAGGCCACGCCCCCUUCCCUGAGACUGACAGGUACAGAGGCCACACUCGCUUCCCUGAGACUGACAGGUACAGAGGCCACGCCCGCUUCCCGGAGACUGACAGGUGCAGAGGCCACACUCGCUUCCCUGAGACUGAAAGGUGCAGAGGCCACACCCGCUUCCCUGAGACUGACUGGUACAGAGGCCACGCUCGCUUCCCUGAGACUGACAGGUACAGAGGCCACGCCCGCUUCCCUGAGACUGACAGGUACAUAGGCCACGCUCGCUUCCUGGAGACUGACAGGUGCAGAGGCCACGCCCGCUUCCCUGAGACUGACAGGUGCAGAGGCCACGCCCGCUUCCCUGAGACUGACAGGUGCAGAGGCCACGCCCGCUUCCCUGAGACUGACAGGUACAUAGGCCACACUCGCUUCCCUGAGACUGACAGGUACAGAGGCCACACUCGCUUCCCUGAGACUGACAGGUACAUAGGCCACGCUCCCUUCCCUGAGACUGACAGGUGCAGAGGCCACGCUCGCUUCCCUGAGACUGACAGGUACAGAGGCCACGCUCCCUUCCCUGAGACUGACAGGUACAGAGGCCACGCUCCCUUCCCUGAGACUGACAGGUACAGAGGCCACGCCCCCUUCCCUGAGACUGACAGGUACAGAGGCCACACUCGCUUCCCUGAGACUGACAGGUACAGAGGCCACGCCCGCUUCCCUGAGACUGACAGGUGCAGAGGCCACACUCGCUUCCCUGAGACUGAAAGGUGCAGAGGCCACACCUGCUUCCCUGAGACUGACUGGUACAGAGGCCACGCUCGCUUCCCUGAGACUGACAGGUACAGAGGCCACGCCCGCUUCCCUGAGACUGACAGGUACAUAGGCCACGCUCGCUUCCUGGAGACUGACAGGUGCAGAGGCCACGCCCGCUUCCCUGAGACUGACAGGUGCAGAGGCCACGCCCGCUUCCCUGAGACUGACAGGUGCAGAGGCCACGCCCGCUUCCCUGAGACUGACAGGUACAUAGGCCACACUCGCUUCCCUGAGACUGACAGGUACAGAGGCCACACUCGCUUCCCUGAGACUGACAGGUACAUAGGCCACGCUCCCUUCCCUGAGACUGACAGGUGCAGAGGCCACGCCCGCUUCCCUGAGUCUGACAGGUGCAGAGGCCACGCCCGCUUCCCUGAGACUGACAGGUGCAGAGGCCACGCCCGCUUCCCUGAGACUGACAGGUGCAGAGGCCACACUCGCUUCCCUGAGACUGACAGGUGCAGAGGCCACGCCCGCUUCCCGGAGACUGACAGGUACAGAGGCCACGCCCGCUUCCCUGAGUCUGACAGGUACAGAGGCCACGCCCGCUUCCCUGAGACUGACAGGUGCAGAGGCCACGCUUGCUUCCCUGAGACUGACAGGUACAGAGGCCACGCUUGCUUCCCUGAGACUGACAGGUGCAGAGGCCACGCCCGCUUCCCUGAGACUGACAGGUACAGAGGCCACACUCGCUUCCCUGAGACUGAUAGGUACAUAGGCCACGCCCACUUCACUGAGUCUGACAGUUACAGAGGCCACACUCGCUUCCCGGAGACUGACAGGUACAGAGGCCACGCCCGCUUCCCUGAGACUGACAGGUGCAGAGGCCACGCCCGCUUCCCUGAGACUGACAGGUACAGAGGCCACACUCACUUCCCUGAGACUGACAGGUACAGAGGCCACGCCUCCUUCACUGAGACUGACAGGUGCAGAGGCCACGCCCGCUUCACUGAAACUGACAGGAACAGAGGCCACACUCGCUUCCCGGAGACUGAUAGGUACAUAGGCCACGCCCGCUUCCCUGAGACUGACAGGUACAGAGGCCACACUCGCUUUCCGGAGACUGACAGGUACAUAGGCCACGCCCGCUUCCCUGAGACUGACAGGUACAGAGGCCACGCCCGCUUCCCUGAGACUGACAGGUACAGAGGCCACGCCCGCUUCCCUGAGACUGACAGGUACGUAGGCCACGCCCGCUUCCCUGAGACUGACAGGUGCAGAGGCCACACUCGCUUCCCUGAGACUGAUAGGUACAUAGGCCACACCCGCUUCCCUGAGACUGACAGGUACAGAGGCCACACUCGCUUCCCGGAGACUGACAGGUACAUAGGCCACGCCCGCUUCCCUGAGACUGACAGGUGCAGAGGCCUCGCCCGCUUCGCUGAGACUGACAGGUACAGAGGUCACGCCUCUUUCCCUGAGACUGACAGGUACAGAGGCCACACUCGCUUCCCUGAGACUGACAGGUAUGUAGGCCACGCCCGCUUCCCUGAGACUGACAGGUGCAGAGGCCACGCCCGCUUCCCUGAGACUGACAGGUACGUAGGCCACGCCCGCUUCCCUGAGACUGACAGGUGCAUAGGCCACGCUCCCUUCACUGAGACUGACAGGUGCAGAGGCCACGCCCGCUUCCCUGAGACUGACAGGUGCAGAGGCCAUGCCCGAUUCCCUGAGACUGACAGGUGCAGAGGCCACGCUCGCUUCCCUGAGUCUGACAGGUGCAGAGGCCACGCCCGCUUCCCUGAGACUGACAGGUACAGAGGCCACACUCGCUUCCCUGAGACUGACAGGUACAUAGGCCACACUCGCUUCCCUGAGACUGACAGGUACAGAGGCCACACUCGCUUCCCUGAGACUGACAGGUGCAGAGGCCACACUCGCUUCCCUGAGACUGACAGGGACAGAGGCCACACUCGCUUCCCUGAGACUGACAGGUACAUAGACCACACCCGCUUCCCUGAGACUGACAGGUACAGAGGCCACACUCGCUUCCCGGAGACUGACAGGUACAUAGGCCACGCCCGCUUCCCUGAGACUGACAGGUGCAGAGGCCACGCCCGCUUCCCUGAGACUGACAGGUACAGAGGCCACACUCGCUUCCCUGAGACUGACAGGUACAGAGGCCACGCCUCCUUCACUGAGACUGACAGGUGCAGAGGCCACACUCGCUUCCCUGAGACUGACAGAUACAGAGGCCACGCUCGCUUCACUGAGACUGACAGGUACAGAGGCCACACUCGCUUCCCUGAGACUGACAGGUACAUAGGCCACACCCGCUUCCCUGAGACUGACAGGUACAGAGGCCACACUCACUUCCCUGAGACUAACAGGUACAGAGGCCACACCCGCUUCCCUGAGACUGACAGGUACAGAGGCCACACUCGCUUCCCGGAGACUGACAGGUACAUAGGCCACGCCCGCUUCCCUGAGACUGACAGGUACAGAGGCCACGCCCGCUUCCCGGAGACUGACAGGUGCAUAGGCCACGCUCACUUCCCUGAGACUGACAGGUACAGAGGCCACACUCGCUUCACUGAGACUGACAGGUACGUAGGCCACGCCCCCUUCACUGAAUCUGACAGGUGCAGAGGCCACGCUCCCUUCACUGAGACUGACAGGUGCAUAGGCCACCCCCGCUUCCCGGAGACUGACAGGUGCAUAGGCCACGCCCGCUUCACUGAGUCUGACAGGUGCAGAGGCCACGCCCGCUUCCCUGAGACUGACAGGUACAUAGGCCACACUCGCUUCCCUGAGACUGACAGGUACAGAGGCCACGCCCGCUUCCCUGAGACUGACAGGUACAGAGGCCACGCCCGCUUCCCUGAGACUGACAGGUACGUAGGCCACGCCCGCUUCCCUGAGACUGACAGGUACAGAGGCCACACUCGCUUCCCUGAGACUGACAGGUACGUAGGCCACGCCCGCUUCCCUGAGACUGACAGGUGCAUAGGCCACGCUCCCUUCACUGAGACUGACAGGUGCAGAGGCCACGCCCGCUUCCCUGAGACUGACAGGUGCAGAGGCCAUGCCCGAUUCCCUGAGACUGACAGGUGCAGAGGCCACGCUCGCUUCCCUGAGUCUGACAGGUGCAGAGGCCACGCCCGCUUCCCUGAGACUGACAGGUACAGAGGCCACACUCGCUUCCCUGAGACUGACAGGUACAUAGGCCACACUCGCUUCCCUGAGACUGACAGGUACAGAGGCCACACUCGCUUCCCUGAGACUGACAGGUGCAGAGGCCACACUCGCUUCCCUGAGACUGACAGGGACAGAGGCCACACUCGCUUCCCUGAGACUGACAGGUACAUAGACCACACCCGCUUCCCUGAGACUGACAGGUACAGAGGCCACACUCGCUUCCCGGAGACUGACAGGUACAUAGGCCACGCCCGCUUCACUGAGACUGACAGGUGCAGAGGCCACGCCCGCUUCCCUGAGACUGACAGGUACAGAGGCCACACUCGCUUCCCGGCGACUGACAGGUACAGAGGCCACGCCUCCUUCACUGAGACUGACAGGUGCAGAGGCCACACUCGCUUCCCUGAGACUGACAGGUACAGAGGCCACGCUCGCUUCACUGAGACUGACAGGUACAGAGGCCACACUUGCUUCCCUGAGACUGACAGGUACAUAGGCCACACCCGCUUCCCUGAGACUGACAGGUACAGAGGCCACACUCACUUCCCUGAGACUAACAGGUACAGAGGCCACACCCGCUUCCCUGAGACUGACAGGUACAGAGGCCACACUCGCUUCCCGGAGACUGACAGGUACAUAGGCCACGCCCGCUUCCCUGAGACUGACAGGUGCAGAGGCCACGCCCGCUUCCCGGAGACUGACAGGUGCAUAGGCCACGCUCACUUCCCGGAGACUGACAGGUACAGAGACCACGCUCGCUUCACUGAGACUGACAGGUACGUAGGCCACGCCCCCUUCACUGAAUCUGACAGGUGCAGAGGCCACGCUCCCUUCACUGAGACUGACAGGUGCAUAGGCCACCCCCGCUUCCCGGAGACUGACAGGUGCAUAGGCCACGCCCGCUUCACUGAGUCUGACAGGUGCAGAGGCCACGCCCGCUUCCCUGAGACUGACAGGUACAUAGGCCACACUCGCUUCCCUGAGACUGACAGGUACAGAGGCCACGCCCGCUUCCCUGAGACUGACAGGUACAGAGGCCACGCUCACUUCCCUGAGACUGACAGGUACGUAGGCCACGCCCGCUUCACUGAGACUGACAGGUACAGAGGCCACGCUCGCCUCCCUGAGACUGAUAGGUACAUAGGCCACACUCGCUUCCCGGAGACUGACAGGUACAGAGGCCACGCCCGCUUCCCUGAGACUGACAGGUACAGAGGCCACGCCCGCUUCCCUGAGACUGACAGGUACAGAGGCCACGCCCGCUUCCCUGAGACUGACAGGUACAGAGGCCACGCCCGCUUCCCUGAGACUGACAGGUACAGAGGCCACGCUCGCCUCCCUGAGACUGACAGGUACAGAGGCCACGCCCGCUUCCCUGAGACUGACAGGUACAGAGGCCACACUCGCUUCCCUGAGAAUGACAGGUACAGAGGCCACACUCGCUUCCCUGAGACUGACAGGUACAUAGGCCAUGCCCGCUUCCCUGAGACUGACAGGUACAGAGGCCACACUCGCUUCCCGGAGACUGACAGGUACAGAGGCCAUGCUCGCUUCCCUGAGACUGACAGGUGCAGAGGCCACGCCCGCUUCCCGGAGACUGACAGGUGCAUAGGCCACGCUCGCUUCCCGGAGACUGACAGGUACAGAGGCCACGCCCGCUUCACUGAGACUGACAGGUACAGAGGCCACGCUCGCUUCCCGGAGACUGACAGGUACAGAGGCCACGCCCGCUUCACUGAGACUGACAGGUACAGAGGCCACGCUCGCUUCCCGGAGACUGACAGGUACAGAGGCCACACUCGCUUCCCUGAGACUGACAGGUACAUAUGCCACGCCCGCUUCCCUGAGACUGACAGGUACAGAGGCCACACUCGCUUCCCGGAGACUGACAGGUACAGAGGCCACGCUCGCUUCACUGAGACUGACAGGUACAGAGGCCACGCUCGCUUCCCUGAGACUGACAGGUGCAGAGGCCACGCCCCCUUCACUGAAUCUGACAGGUGCAUAGGCCACGCCCGCUUCACUGAGUCUGACAGGUGCAGAGGCCACACUCGCUUCCCUGAGACUGACAGGUACAGAAGCCACGCCCGCUUCCCUGAGACUGACAGGUACAUAAGCUACACUCGCUUCCCUGAGACUGACAGGUACAGAGGCCACGCCCGCUUCCCUGAGACUGACAGGUACAUAAGCUACACUCGCUUCCCUGAGACUGACAGGUACAGAGGCCACACUCGCUUCCCUGAGACUGACAGGUACAGAGGCCACGCCCGCUUCCCUGAGACUGACAGGUGCAGAGGCCACACUCGCUUCCCUGAGACUGACAGGGACAGAGGCCACGCCCGCUUCCCUGAGACUGACAGGUACAUAAGCUACACUCGCUUCCCUGAGACUGACAGGUACAGAGGCCACGCCCGCUUCCCUGAGACUGACAGGUACAGAGGCCACGCCCGCUUCCCUGAGACUGACAGGUCUUCUUUUCAGGAUUCUGAUGAGGUGAAAGCCCUGCGUGGAAUAAUUUCAGAAAUAAACAGAGUCCAGGCCACAUUUUCUCCAACACUCAUCAUCCAGAAGUGGAUCAGAGGCUAUCUGACUCGGAGACGUCUGGGGUUGUGUGGAUCGCCAGUUCCUCUUAGAACGUUAGUGAGGAAUGUGACUCCAGUGGGUUCUGUGUGGGAGACCAGCAGAGGAUCAUGGAUUAUGAGCAAUCCUCACAAUCUGCUACAGCAGGACACUAUGAGCUGCAGAUCUUUCCACAGCACGACACUGACGGACCUCAAACCACCUUGUAACUCUCCUCAGCUGAGUAACCAUGGCGACAAACUCCAUAACAGAUUUAUGAAUGAACGUCAUGAUGAGCCGAUGGACUUGAAGACUUUUUGUGUUUUUGGCUUUAAGGCCAUGACGUACCUGUCCAAGCCGUUUGUAGACAUGCAGAUAUCCCGAAAAAUGAAUGGGCAGGACAUCCGGGAUGGCAUCGUCCAUUUCCACACACAGAAAUCCAACCCCCCCAACGCCCCACGGCCACGCCCACCUAACAUCACUGCAGAGAAGCGCCUCAUUGGCCGAUGCCAUGACUACCUGAGCCUUGCCACAUUCCGGGCAAUAGAGAGGGUGUAUGAGGGGAGAGAGAAGGAGGAGGGACUGAGGGAGCGAGCCAAACGAGUGAUGGAGGUGCACAAUCAUCGUGAUGAAGCCCGAGGUCACUGUGAAGGAUUCAUGGAAGCUCAAAGGACAGGGGCACUACUGAGGCAGGAGCAAGAGCGAGACAAACUGGAGGAAACACUCAAAAUGCAGAGAACCAAACAGGAGCAGGAGGUGCAGCUAGUCCGUCAGAAGUACCUCAGGUUCCUGGUGGAGAAGCGGAGGAACAUGAUGGAGCAGGAGACAGUGAAGAGCUUCAGCCGACAGCAUGGUGCUUUGACUAAAGCCUUUAGUAAACACUACAGAGAACACAGACUCAGCGAGACUCAGCAUGAGAGGAGACGACACAUCGCUAUCAGCACGCAGCAGGCUGGCUCACAGACAUUACAGGGACACCUGGAGAGCAGGAAGCAGAGUAAACCGACGAUGUCUUGGAUUCCCAUAAACACUCUACUAUUUCAGAAGCAGCAGCUCUCAGACAAGGUGAAAUCAAGUGAAGUCCAGGCGAUACGAGGUGGAAGUCCAGUAGACAGACGUGCUAAUCACAAUGUAAAUAAAGUAAAAUCUGUGCACACUAACAAAAAAACUGUUUAACUAAAUGUCUUUGUUUAAAUGUCUGUAUAAAUAUUAAUUCUGAAGUGAAUUUUGGCUUUAAACACAUACAGGAGAACUUUUAUUUCUCAACACUGGAUUUAAGCUACAUGACAUCACAAUACACUUGUUAAAUAAAGAACAAUAUACAGAGUAUUAUUUCCUAAUUAAACUUUAACACUCACAGUCUGAUCAGUAAUCUUUAAUAAAUACUUUACAGUCACCUAAUCAAGUAAAAAUGCUCCUUCAGUGAUUCAGCUUGAGUAUAAAUUUCAUCUCAUCUCACAUACUAUGAAAUAAAUAUAGUCACUAGUUCCUUAUUAUUUAUUACAUCACAGUGCUUUUGAAUUCUGGAUUCUGAUUGGUCAAAAAGUGUUGAUUAAUUUUCUUUACACCCCAGCGUGGUUGAAUUCUCCAGACAGAUUGGUAAGAAAGUGUGCAUUAUUUCUGUAUAACAGCACGGCUCGGACAGAAGUUCCGGUACAGUAGUUGUUUAACAAAGUAAAAUGUAUAAUUGUUGAUGUAGUGACAUUUUUGUUAGAAGAGAUUUAUUUAAAUUUAUGGAAGGAGUCUUAGUUGUAAGUACUUUGUAACAGUCACAGUGCUUUGCAAAGUUUCCCAGCACAGAAAGUCCUCAGGACAUAGGAAUUUCCACAUUCCAGUUUUGAGAAAGAGGGAGAAAAUGACAGCAACUGCUCCAUAUCGUGCCGCUUCACACAAUCUGCCCCCUAACUUCCCCUGCAUGCAUUAUUCAUAUAACCGCGUGGUCUGUCAUGUUUUAUUCCUUAUAUAACAGCAGCUCUGACAAUAAUGCAUCUGCAAAUCAUAUUUAUAAUAAUUCAUGCAGUUGUUCUAAUACAUUACCAUUUCUAUAGUAACAGCUCAUUCUCAGGGACUUGUAUAUUGGACAUUCCACAUAAAUGGAUUAAAAAGGUGUCACAUCCACCAUGGACAUUUCACUACCAUGCCACCAGAGGGCACCCUUCCCCAAAUUCUAGAAAACUUCCUCAGUGGCUACAAAUAUUUCCAAUCCCAAACACACAUAAAACAAACGAAUGUUUGAUCUUUGUGUAUGCCACUGCCUUAUUCUUCUAGUUAUUUCAUGGUAUGUUGUUUAUGGUCACCAAAUCACCGCAAAACCCUGUUGUCCUGGGCUCUCCAUGGUUAACCACUCACAACCCAAACAUAUCUUGGAAAGAAAGUGAGCUCAGAGUAGGUGGCGUCCAUACCGUUUUAAGAAUUGUACAUCUCUACUCUGUCACUCCAUUAAGAUUGAGAGCCCUGAAGUGAAAUGGGACGUGAAAUAUAGAUCUAGAUAUAGAUUUAGAUUUACAUCCCUAAUGAGCAAGCCAGAGGCAACCGGACUCAAAAGGGAACCCUUGGUUCAUCUGGGUGACACCGAAUAGUUCGAUUAAGAUGGUGUGAUUGUGAGUCAGACCUUUUCUCAGGUCCUGUCCUAUCCUAGUAAUAUUAUCUCCAUGCGCUUCAAAUGAAAGACUAGAGUCAAUAAUCACACCAAUCACACUUUUACUGCUGCACAUGAUGAAACAGAAAGACCAUCCAGAGUUAUGAUGUAAUCUUCUAGCUGCAUGUGGUCCUAGUACAAGUACUUCAAGUUCCCUUAAUGCCUACUACAUUUUCUAGUCUAUUGAGGAGAAUAGCAUGAUCAAUGGUAUCAAAAGCUGCACUAAGGUCAAGCAGCACAAGCAAGGAGACACAACCCUGAUCAGAGGCCAGUAGUAAGUCAUUUACCACUUUUACCAGCGCUGUCUCUGUGCUAUGAUGAGGCCUAAAUCCUGACUGAUACAUUUCAUGAAUGUUAUUCCUAUGUAAGUAUGAGCAUAGCUGCUGUGCUACAACCUUAGGAGGUUUGAUAUUGGCCUAUAGUUGGACAGUUGACAAGGGUUGAAGUCAGGUUUUUUAAUCAGGGGUUUGAUAACUGCUAGUUUAAAAGAUUUAGGUACAUAGCCAAUGCUAACAGAAGAACUGAUUAUUUUAAAAGAGGUUUGAUUGUUUCAGGAAUUAUCUGUUUGAAGAAACAUGUAGGUAAAGGAUCUAGUAUACAGGUUGAUGAUUUUGAUGAUGAAAUUGGUGAAAUUAGUUUGGUCUCUCGAAAGGGAGUAAACCAUUCUAAUUGCUGAUCUGUUAUUGUUAUAUUAUUAUCAACAGAGAUAGUUGUCAUAUUGUCUGGUUUUUAAUUUAUAGUCUGAAUUUUUUGCCUGAUCUUUUCAAUUUUGACAUAAAAAAAUUGUACUACAUAAUGAUUGUGUGCAUGUUUCUAUUGUGGUCUUAUUCCUUGUUAAUUUUGCUAUCUAAUUUAGUUAUCUUCUAUUAGGGUGGAGAGAUACAUUGAUCUAGCAGCAUUAAGAGCUUUUCUAUAGCUCAGACGGCUCUCCUUCCAUGCUGUUUGAAAUACUACUGAUUUAGUUUGAUGCCAUUUACAUUCUAAUUUUCGACUGGUCUGUUUUAAGGUGCAUGUGUGAUUGUUAUACCAGGGUACUAGUUGCUGACAUGAAAAUACGUUUGACAUGGUGACGUGGCAAGGUGCAUAUAUUAUGAUCAAGACACAUUUUAAAUGAGAUGAGGUAAUGAUCUGAGAUAGCUUCAGACUGUGGACAUGAGACUAUAUUUUCUAUAUUUAAUCCGAAUGUUAGUAUUAAAUCAAGAGUGUGACCACCACUAUGGGUGGGUCCUAUUACAUUCUGAUUAACCCCUACAGAAUCUAGAAUGGACACAACUGCUGUUCUCAGAGGGUCUUCUGGAUUAUCAAAAUGAAUAUUAAAGUCUCCAACAAUUAAUGCUUUGUCUAAAGAAACAACCAGGUUAGAGAUGAAAUCCGCAAAUUCACACAGGAAUUCAGAAUACUGCCCUGGGGGUCUG